CAUGUACACAAGAAGCAUUCCUAUCGUGGGCUCUUCGAAGGGUUGUAAAAGUUAAUCGCUAGCUAAUAGGAGCUUAUCGCUGGCCAGGAGAGAGUCUCGAGUAGUUUUGGGCCGUACUACACUUUGUUAACCCUUGUUAUUCCAUAGGAAUACAGUUACCCAGGCAACCGUAGAAAAACAAACCAAAUUCUACAUAAAUUUCUGACCCAAGGCAGUACAUCAUUCCGUAAAACAUUAUGGAUGACUGGAAAAUAACACCAGAGGAAUUGAUAAGACUGCGCGAAAGUUGCCUUCAAAGCAUCCGGGAUGGAGAAAUCUACCAGCUGCGCAACGAUGCCAAACUGAGGGCGGUCUACAGCUCCCAGAGCUACGAGGAGUUCAAAGACAUAGUAGAUGCAGCCCACCUGCGUCCAGUGACCAGGAGUGACAAGGCCAAUGCCCAUACCAAGAACCGUUUGUGGAAUUCCGCCGCCCGCGAAUAAUUACCUAAUAAAGAUUCCACAAAGUUGCAUAUUA